ACCGGCGACGCCAUUAAGCCGGAAUGGAGUCUUCAGCCUGCUGCAAGUUCUACUGAUGAGGGUUGGGCAUGUUUAAUUUGCGCGUCGAAUCUCAUCGCGGAUUUUAUUAAUAUAAUUAACUGGAUUGAGGACGCGAAGUGCAUCUUAAACAGCCCAGCUAGAUGCGUUUUCUUUAGCGAUGCUGGGAACACGUACGGCAUUUUGGGCCCUAGCCGUUGAACUUGACCGGUAGCGGUGACCUGAUUGACUUUUUUUCUCUCUUUCACGUGUGUAUUUUUUUUUUACUCUCAGGCAGCUGAGCUAGUUUUAAUGUCCGUUUAUGGUUUAUAACGUUUAUUUGUAAUGUAUUAAGUGGAUAAAGUAUCUUUAUAAGUUAAUCAGUACCAGCAAAAACAGUUUAACCAUCCAAGAAAAGAGAACCGGCUGUUCGCGAAACUUCUCUUGUAACUUCUGUUUAGGUCUCUGCAAAGUCUUUAAGUGAUACCUGUAUUCCAGAUUCGUUUCUGAUGUUUUUAGGCCAGGGAUGCAACAGUGUUACAGUAUUAGCUCUUAGUUUUCGCAUGGAGUAAACCACGAAUGAAUGGAAGUUAGCGCACACAGACAGUAGGUCCUGCCCCUUGUCCGGGAGGCGUCUUUGUCGUCCAAGUCAGUGUUAUCAGAUACCGUUUGCUUCUUCUCACCCGUGGAAGUCAUGCUGCUCCUCCAUAAUGAGGUGUGGAGAGCCUGCCUGGACUACCUCUCCAGACCCUGUACUGUGGUGGUCGGCGCAAUCACUGCCGCAGUUUAUUACCUUUGGCGCUGUGAGGGCCAGAUGCCCCUCUUGGUGUGUGCCGGUGGUUUCCGUGUCUUCCUGGAGCGUUACUGCCCUGUGGUGACCGAGAGGUUCUGUCCCACACCCUGGUGCUGGGGGGGGCGGCUGCAAACCCUGGUUCGCGUGCUUAUCAAGUCGAGCCCAUCAGUAUCCUACCGAAAUGAGCUGAUUCGAACAGACGAUGGAGGUCAGAUAUCCCUGGACUGGGUGGACAAUGACAGUGGUAGCACAUACCCAGAUCGUUCCACUCGACCCACGGUGCUGAUUUUGCCGGGACUGACUGGGAACAGUAAGCAGACCUACGUCUUGCAUGCCGUAUGCCAGGCGACACGCCGUGGCUACAGAUCUGUUGUCUUUAAUAACAGGGGUUUCGGAGGGGAGGAGUUAUUGACUCCCGUUACCUUCUCUGCAGCGGACACGUCAGAUUUGGAACAUGUCAUCUGCCACGUGAAGAAACUCAUCCCCCAGGCACCGCUGCUCGGGAUGGGAGUUUCCCUGGGGGGGAUUCUGCUGUUGAACUACAUGGCCCGCAAGGGGAGCGAGGCAGACCUCCUGGCCGGCAUCACCAUGUCGGUCAGUUGGGACACAUUGGAGUCCUGCGCCUCCCUGGAGCAGCCGAUCAACAGGCUCCUGUUCAACCGCCAUCUGGCUGGGAACCUGUGUAGGACCAUCAAGAGGCACCAGAAGAUUCUUCAGUCUGUGGUGGAUGUGGACUAUGUAAUGAAGGCCCGUACCAUCCGGGAAUUUGAUGAACGCUACACAUCAGUGAUUUUUGGCUACAAGUCGUGCCUGGAUUACUACAGGGACGUUAGUCCUGGGUACAAGCUGCCCCAGACCGCUGUUCCUGUGCUGUGCCUUAAUGCCGCCGAUGACCCCUUCUCUCCAAAACAUGCUCUCCCUCUGGCCUUGGCUCGGCGCUUGCCCAACGUUGCCCUGUUGGUAACCACUCACGGGGGUCACAUUGGCUUCCUGGAGGGGCUCUUCCCUCGAGGAGAAGGCUACAUGGACCGCCUCUUUGGUCAGUUUAUUCAGGCGGUAUUCGAACACCCAGAGGAUCUCAAGCAAGCCUGUGACAUUAGAGACGACCUAUCUAACUGACAGCCUCUUGCGUAAGCAGCAGUCCUACCCAUAUAACCUCCAUUUCACUUCCGCCGUAAACAAGUCACCUCAUCUCUCACUGACUGCUAAUCUAUACCUCAGACUCUUGUUUCCAGCUAGUUAAAACAACAGACUAACGCCUUUGUACCGUGGAGCCGAACGUGACUUUUCAGAAUUGUCACACGGCAGCCUUAUGUGGCAAAUAUCGUGGUUUUUUAUACACCCGGGCUGUAACACGGAAGUCUGAAUUUUUUACGUUUCCAGCUGCAGGAAGCCAGCAUUUCGUACAUAUCUAAACUAUCACUUUUGGAAAAAUCCAUUCAGGCAUCACACAGAAUAGGUCCAUAACAAAUCAAGCAUUAUCCUAUGUGGUUAGUAUUUCUCUGGAAAAAACUACCUCAUCCCUCUUCUGCUGCAUCUCAAACCAUCACAACUGCUGACCCAUAAUCAGUGUCAUCCUCAAAUUAGCACUAGUAGAUGUGCAAUGAAUCACUUAAAAAAACCUAAGGAUGGCCAGACAGUCAUAGCAUCAUCUACCAUAACUUUUGGUGGUGUUCAACUCCAGCUUUAGUUCCAGCUAACUUCAGUCAGGCUGAGGUCAUUGCUUGAAAUCACUCCUGGUUUUUCUGCUUAGUGGGAAGCUUAGGUUUAAUGUAUCUGUUCUGAUGUGUUAACCGAUACAUCUCAUAGAAUGAGGUCAUUAAAAUGAGUUUCUUUGUCGAUAGAUUAAAAAAAAUGAAGAAACUUACUGUGAUCAAGGGAGCACUUUCUAUAUACUUUCUAUAUGCCUAUUCGCACAUACAUGCGCGCACACACAGAAUACUGUGCUGUAGUCAUAGACAGUCAAAGAAAAUGUUUAAAUGAGUCUUAAAUCUGGUGUGAAAUGUUUAUCGCUGUGAUAGUGUCAGCUUUGCCAUUUCAAAACCUCCCGGAGUAUCCCCUGUGUGAGUAGCAACCACCCAGUACACCAUGUUUGACUAAUUAAUACCUCAUUGAGUCAUUUAACUAAUAUGGAAUGGCUAUGGUGCUCUGAGGGGAGAUUUGGGAGCUGAAGCGAUGUUCAUCUAGCCAUCCAACAGGAUAUCAGUAAAUUUUUGCAGAAAAGAAGAAAUUUCUGCUAAUUUUUGUGUUCUUAAUUUGCUUUUGUUCUCAUUUUUAAAUUACUGCUUCUGAGCAAAUAUUCACUGGCCAGAUAAAGUUUUAAACAUUUCCUUUGACUGCCUAAGAGUUUUGCACAGUACUGUACCCUGUCAGGAAAAUCAAUUUGUACCUUUUAAGGGUACAAUGACUUGUCACUGAGGCUGUACCCGCAAGGUUCUCCCCGCUGUACCCCAGCUGUGAGUCCAUUUUGGUACCUCGAAAGGUCUGAGUUUGUGCCAUUGGGGGGUACAUUGUUGGCAGAACAAUACUGUACCUUGACUCUCCCCUUUUUGUCUGACUUUGAUUAUAAAAUACACACACAUUGGGAAUGAUUUAUAUUUCCAUUCCUCUUUUCCCCUUGUCCUUCGAGUGCUUUGAUGUAAAUCUGCUUUGAUAAAUCAACAGAUGUGUGUUUUUAUCAAUUCAUUGAGAAUAUUGAUGACCGUCUUCACAUCAGUAUCUUACUACCUGUUGAUUGUUACCUAGACUAUAUGCUGCUAAUAUAUUGCUGGAAAAACACCUAGUUCCGCCACAAUCUAGCUUUAAAUUAACCCGAUAAAAUGAUGUUGUGCAUGUCUGCUGUACACCUGUGGCUUAUGGGACUGAUCCUAAACUGUAUUUGGCUUUGAGUAGCAUUAUUCCUUGGGUGGGACUCAGGGCACUUUAACGCACAGGGUUUCCACAGGCUGAUGCCCUGGGGCACCUGCUAAGAAGGGACCUCAACUGACCUUAUUUAAAAGCAUUUUAAACCUACCCAUCUGAUAUUGAAAAUGAAAAUGCUAUCUUGCAAUGAAUCAGUAUUGGACACACAAUACAAUUUGGGGGGCGGAUUGCUCGUGUGGUCCAAAUUAAAUUACAUAAUAUAGCAGAGGGGAGCAUCUGACUAUGUUAAUCCCCCUCUUGUGGGACUGCAGUUUAAGAGUAACACAUUAGACUAGACAAAACUUGUCUUAUAAGAACACUUUAAGUAAACUUUCCUGUCAGACUUGUCCUUCAGUAACCACUCCAGGAAAACCAAACCGAUAUGUUCAUGCUUCACCUAUAUCUUGCUGCUUUGGCCAGUCGCAUUUUUUCUGUUAUCUGAGUGAAUCCGCUACCCCCGAAUGGACUCUGCAUGUAUUCACACCCGUGUCGCUACGUGUGUGUUUGUAAACGGUGCACCAUCUGUGUAUUUACCUAAACACAUUUUUAAAUGUUCUGCCUUAAGUUUAUUGGGUGAUGCCACUAUGCCUUUGAGCUGAAUGUUAUUGCACUGUCCGGCAACUAUUAAGUUGUGGCCAUUAUAGUGUUGCUGGCCUUGUGGCCCUGCUUGCAGGAAAUGAUUGAACUUUAUCAUUCCAUUUUAAUUAUAUUUAACUUUGUAUGUAUGUCCACCAGGGAGCUGAUGAAAGGCAGUGUUAUGGAAUUUGAUAUCUUCAACAUUGAUUGAAUGUAUUGACUGCAAAAAGUAUGUGUAAUGCUUACCUUAAAGGUUUUUUUUAUCUAAGAAAAUUAGCAGGAUGACAUUGGAAAUGACUGCUCUGUAAUAGUGUUUCUUUUAGUGCUUUGUCAGUCAACGAUAAGUGUUUUGGGUGAUUGGCAGGUUGGGAGAAAGGAAAUGGAAUGUGUUUUUGCAUUGAUUUAGAAAGUUUUAAGUAACGGAUGUCAAAUGUCCAUUUGUUUUUUUUUUUUUUUGUUUUACCCCCCAUGUCAUCAAUUUCUAUUGACAUCACUUCUGUGCAGAUAAAAUGUCUUCAUUUUUCAA